AUGUUUCAACACUGGGGAAAGGGCCUGGCGUUUCUUAUUAUCGCGAGCCUUCUCCUGGCUGUGGGUCUGCAGUUUUCCUUCAACACAAUUGCCCCGCAUGUCAAGGUUGAACUGGAUUACGGCUCCUUUAUCGGUAAAACACAACCCAUCCUUGGACUCGAGCGCUUCUAUGGAAUCCCUUUUGCCGAGCCACCUGUGGGGGAGUUGCGGUUUGCAAAUCCGAUUAAACCAACUAAGACUUACUUCAAUCGAGACGCUACCGAACGCGCACCUGCCUGUCCUCAGCAAACGUUCGGCGGAAACACUUCCAGUGAGCCCUACCAGAGUUGGCUCAACGGGAAAAAAUUGAAUCCUCUUGGACACAUAAAAGCGUUUGGCCCUGGUCAAGAGGAUUGCUUGACGCUUGACAUCACUAGACCAGCAGGUACAACCAACUCCUCUCGUCUCCCGGUGAUGUUUUUCAUUUUCCCUGGUGGCUUCAAUUAUGGGGUAAGCUGGCAGCUAACUCCCAAAUUUCUGGUCAAGAAAAGUAUGGAUAUGGGCCUUCCGAUCAUACAUGUCACCGCAAACCAUAGAUUGAAUGCCUUUGGAUUCUUGGGCGGGAAAGAAGUUGCUGAAGCGGGCGUUAGUAACCUGGGAUUGAAAGAUCAACGAUUGACUAUGGAAUGGAUCAAAACUUACAUCUCUCAAUUUGGUGGGGAUCCAGAUAAAGUGACCAUCUAUGGAGAAUCAUCUGGCGCCAUUUCGGUAUCACAUCAUCUGAUGGCUCACAGGGGUCAGCACAACAAUCUUUUCCGUGCCGCUAUAUGCCACAGUGGAACUGCGAUUCCGAUUGGCAAGCUAUCUGAUGGCGCAGGCCAACAAGCUUUCGACCACAUUGCUAAGUUUGUCCAGUGCGAAACUGCAUCUGAUAAACUGGACUGUCUAAGAGAGGCGCCUUUCAAAAAACUUCUCAAGGCUGUGGAAAUGUUUCCAGGAACGUUUUCCUUCGGCGCUUUCCCUCUGACGUUUUCACCUGUAGUUGACGGUGAAUUUGUCACGGGAUCUAUCCAAAAUGCUCUCAAAGCAGGAGAAUUUGCCAAAGUCCCCGUUAUCACCGGAGAUGUCCUGGAUGAAGGCACGGUUUUGGCACUGGGAACCCUUCCUCUGCGCACCGAAGAGGAUCUCAGGAGCUUCAUCUCCAAGAAGUUUCGCGAUCCAACACCCGAGCUUAUUGCCAAGAUACUCGAAGUGUGGCCUUCCGACCCCAAAUUAGGCUCACCUUUUGCCUCAGGGGACAAGUAUGCUCUCACGCCGGUCUAUAAACAAUAUUCGGCAAUACUCGGCGAUGUAGGCUUCCAAGGCCCACGGCGUCUAUUUCUCCGAUUGACAUCCUCAUUCAUGCCCACUUGGAGCUAUCUUGAUCAAGCAAUGCGGCAUGACCCUUUCAUUGGAGCAUUCCAUGCGUCAGACCUGCCGGCACUAUUUGGAUUGAUACCAGGUGGACAGCAAAAGGAGUACCAGACCCGCUGGAUCGCUUUUGCAAACAACUUGGAUCCGAACUAUUCUGGACUUUCUGAGUGGCCUACUUAUGAUAAAGGCGCCAGAAAUUUGGUCAUUGAUAAAAACGGCGCAGAUGGGGUUGCGCCCGACGACUUUCGCUCCGAAGCUAUCGAGUUUUACCUCUCUAACAUUGACGCAUUGACCUUCAUAUCCCAAUAA